AUGGUGAGGCAAAGUGGAGUGAGGUAUUGCUCACGAGGAAUCAGGCACACUCGAUCAUCUGAGGAGCUCAUUUCUGAAAUCCUCAUCCUUAUCCUUGUGUUUCUGCUGCCGAAUAUCAUCAUUUUUACGGUUUACGUGAGACUCAUCCACAAGCUAUGGUUCUCAAGCGAUGCCAAGUCCAGUACUAACAUCGGGCUGCUAAGGUCUCGCCGAGCGGUCACUAAGCUCUUUGUUACCAUGACAACAUUAUUUGUAAUCUGCUGGACACCAUACACAGUGGACGCCAUCUUGUGGUUCUUAGACUCACAAGUCUCCAAAUUGAGUGAGGUCCUGUCCCUGUGUUUUGUAUUCCUGUACUGCGCAGCUAGCGCGCUUGUCUACGCAGUCUGCAAUCCGACAGUUCGUCGCGCUGUUCAGAAGGCCUGUGCACGUGGUUUCGCCUGCUGUCACGGCAAACCUGAACAGCGGCAAGUCGAGCCAAAGAAAGCAAGAGCUAAAACCGCUCAAACCACGAUCGCGCUUUUAGGUGUUGCGCAGCAGGGUGGCGACAGGAGACCCGUGGAUGUCAUAGACAUGGAGUGA